GGAAGGAGAACAGAGAAGACUGUGGAGGACCAGAACCAGCCAGGAACUCAGGACCUGAUGGACGUUUACAACCAGGUCCUGAGGACAAGGCUGAAGACUCUUCUGAGACUGAAGUCAGUGAGGAUGAUUGGAUGGAGACCAGGGAAACUCAAACUGGUUUAAAUACGAGAAAUAACAAACAGCCUCUAAGUGAAAUGGGAUGUGAGACAGAAAAAAAAACGUUUAGUUGUUCUGAGUGUGGUAAAAGAUUUAGCAAAAGGAGCGAACUUAACAGACAUACUAGGAGUCAUACAGGAGAGAAACCGUUCAGUUGCUCUGAGUGUGGUAAAAGAUUUAGUGAAAGGGCGAAUCUAAAUAUACAUAUGAGGAUUCAUACAGGAGAGAAACCGUUUAGUUGCUCUGAGUGUGGUAAAAGAUUUAGCAAAGGGAGCGAUCUUAACAGACAUAUGAUGAUUCAUACAGGAGAGAAACCGUUCAGUUGCUCUGAGUGUGGUAAAAGAUUUAGUGAAAGGGCGAAUCUAGAUAUGCAUACGAGGAUUCAUACAGGAGAGAAACCGUUUAGUUGCUCUGAGUGUGGCAAAAGAUUUAGUCGAAUGGGCAGUCUAAAUACACAUAAGAAGACUCAUACAGGAGAGAAACCGUUUAGUUGCUCUGAGUGUGGUAAAAGAUUUAGCAAAAGGAGUGAUCUUAACAGACAUAUGAUGAUUCAUACAGGAGAGAAACCGUUCAGUUGCUCUGAGUGUGGUAAAAGAUUUAUUGAAAGGGCGAGUUUAAAUACACAUAUGAGGAUUCAUACAGGAGAGAAACCGUUUAGUUGCUCUGAGUGUGGGAAAAGAUUUUGUCAAAGUUGCGGUCUAAAUAGACAUAAGAAGACUCAUACAGGAGAGAAACCGUUUAGUUGCUCUGAGUGUGGUAACAGAUUUAGCCGUAAGUCCCAUCUAAAUACACAUAUGAGGAGUCAUACAGGAGAGUAACCGUUCAGUUGAUCUGAGUGGUAAAAGAUUUAAGAUCCAGUCCUAGUGUACAAGACGUGAGGAUUCAUAAAGGAGAGAAGUGAAUCAGUUUCCACCCUUGCAACAAAGUUUUGUAAGGACAUAUCAGCAGUUACUUAUAUAUAUUUUUUCAAUGUUCACUGUUUUAAAUAGACUAUUAACAGUUUUUAUGUCCCUAGAAAACAUAACUCAUGAAUAACACGAAAGAUUGUGUUUAUAUAUCUUGUUUCUACUGAUUUCUACAUAAUGUAUCUAUUUUUCAUAAUGUCCUUCAUGUCAUUUUAAGGUUAAAGUGUGUUCCUUGCACAGAAUGAAUGUGUUUUCUGUUGGGGAAGAGUCCAGAGCGCUGGCCGAAGUUUAGACCAAGGGUCGUAAAACGAGGCCUACACGCGAUGCUGAGACCAGCUCUAGAGUUUUCCUGGUGGUUGGAGAGCCCCAGCAGGCCCAGGAGAAACCCCACUGUGUUCGUAGACGCCCACUGAGGGCUAAACCCCGC